CCGCCCCGCGCGCACUGAGCAUGCCCAGGGCCGGGUCACGCGCCCGGCAGCCCGAGGCCGGCGUGGACUCUGCCCCCGGCCGGGCUGCUCCGCGCGCUGGCAUGGAGCGCAUCGAGGGGGCGGCGGUGGGCCGCUGCGCAGCCUCGCCCUACCUGCGGCCGCUCACGCUGCACUACCGCCAGAAUGGCACUCAGAAGUCAUGGGACUUCAUGAAGACACAUGACAGUGUGGCCAUUCUCAUGUUCAACUCUUCCCAGCAGAGCCUGGUGUUGGUGAAGCAGUUCCGGCCAGCUGUGUACGCGGGCGAGGUGGAGCGCCACUUCCCAGGGUCCCUGGCAGCGGUGGACCACGACGGAGCCCGGGAGCUGCCCGUGGCUCUGCCUGGCUCAGCGGGGGUCACGUAUGAGCUGUGUGCGGGCCUCGUGGACCAGCCUGGGCUGUCGCUGGAGGAAGUGGCCUGCGCAGAGGCUUGGGAGGAAUGUGGCUACCGCCUGUCUCCCUCCGAGCUGCGCCGGGUCGCCACCUACAAGACGAGACGUUAGGGUGAAGCCUGCCCAUGUGCUGCCCCUUGGAUGCCCUCACAGGUCCCUGAGCCUGGUAAAACGUGGGAGCAGGAGCACAGCCCCUGCACGGCACUGAGCAUGGCGCCCCGCAGCCUUCUUUCCAGGGGCAGGGGCCUGUGCCCCCGGGGAGGGGGCCGGUGGGGAGCUCUGCUUCGCAGCCUGGUGCAGGGGUCCCUCAGUGCUGGGUCCAGGCCCUGUGCCUCAGCUGCCCAAGGGCUUUGUCAGGGUAGCUCCCUGGGCUGGGGGCUGGGGGGCUGGGGCCGACCUCCAGGCCAAGGAAGGGACGGAGCCAGGGCUUGGAGCCCCCACGUGUGCCACUGGCUGCCAAGUGGUUGAGCUUGGUGGUCUGAGGGCCAGGCCUGCUGUCCACAGGUAUCCUUGCUGCUGGGGGCCAGAGCACGGGAGGGUGCUGAUCCGGGGCUGGCGGGGUGGGGGACCCGUGGAGGAGCGCCCCCCCCCCGCACCGGUUCCUCAAGCAGGGUCUCGGGGCUCUAGCCUGAUCCCAAGGGUGCUGGGGAGCCCAGGAGGACUCUGGGCAGCAAACAGCCUGGGAAGACUUGCAUUUUGCAGACAAGGCGUGCCUGUGGGAGGUAGGGCUGAAGGGGCUGGAGUAGAGGUCGGGGCAGGCGUCCCUGGGGGCAGGACAGACAGCAGAUGCUUCCUCUCGGAGCCAAGGAGAGCCGGGGGCUCCCCUGCCCGUCACAGGGGACAAGGCCCAGGCAUUCCUCCGUGAUCGCCCAGUGGAGGGCGGGGCUGGGUGUGUUCUUCUUGCCCCGGGUCGGCGUCUGUACCGGUCUCCUGCACAGGCCGGCGGAAGCUGUGCCUGGGAGCCCCACAGACUGGUGCUUCCGUCAAAGGUGCAGGCCGCAGCCCCCGCCGGAAACCGGCCACCAGGAGGGACCGUGUCAGGGGGUGAGGCCCGACUGGUUGGGGUGCCCCCUCCUGGGCAGGGGGGCGCAGAAGCCCCCCUGCGUGCUGGGCCGCCAGCGGGAGCAGCCCCCACCCUGCAGGUCUCUGGGCGGCCUCAGACACCCUCGGGUCCCCGUCUCCCGACGCGCACUCUUGCUUGACUCCCCUGCGGUCCUGGGCUGCAGAACGGCCUGCCCCCUCCCGGCUGCCCACGCUGCCUGCCACGGCACUGCACCUGGGUGCCUGUCCCCCUCCUGGUGGCUGGCAGCCCCCUCUGGCCACCAGCCACCUAGGGAGGGGCUCCCUCUCACCCCUCCACACCCCUGCUGCCUCCGCAGGAGCCGUCCCCAGCCUGGAACUGGCGUCCUAGCGAGGCUGGUGUUGGGGGCCGUCUGAGCCUGGGCCACACGGGUCCUGGCUUCCAGCCAGCCCGGGGCCCUGGGUGCCGCCUGGGUCUGUGCUGGGAAGGGAGGUCCUGCACGAGGGAGCUGCAGCCCGCGCUGCAGAGAUCUCUGGCUUCUGUUGACCCUCAUUUACAAGCUCACAGUUGCCGUGGGGGUGCUGUCUGCUUCCUGGGAAUGGAGCCUGGUGCUCAGGGGCUGGCCACACGGGUCAGGGUGUGGACUGGGGCCGUGGGCUCAUCUGGGGCUCAGGGUCCCCUUCCCAGCUCAUGUGGUUGUGGCAGAAUCCAGCUCCUCGUCGCUGUGUGGCUGAGUGAGGGCCCCGUUGCCCUGCUGGCUGUUGGCCGGGGACCAUGGUCCACUCUCUGAGGCCACCUGCAGGCCUGGACCACGUGGCCCCCUCAUGUGGCAGCUUGCUUGGUCUACAAGGCCCACAGGACAGCGUCUCUGACAACUAAGCCUUCACUGAAGAGCUCACCUAAUUAGGUCAGGCCCACCAGGAUAAUCUCUCAAGCUGGAAGCCAGCUGAAGAAAGCUC